AUGUCGAUGCCAGAACUGGCCGCCGCCGGCCGGCCGCUACACGACACCCAGCCGCAUGUGGCGGCCGCGGCGCGCGACACGCCUCGCGUGCCCCUCGACCCGGGCCUGCUGCCAGUACUCCCCCUGCCCUCGCUCCCGCCGCCCGAGUCGGGCAGCCAGGCGCCCAGCGCUGCGGCGGCGUCGUCUAGCAGCGGGGUUGGCGACGGGUGGAGUACAACUGCGGAGGGCUCGGCGGCGACGUCUGCGGGGCAUGGUAGCGGCGGUAGUGGUGGCGGGGGGAGUGGCGGCGACAAGGGGCCGGCGUUCACGUACCCCACCCCGUCGACGACCUCCGCUCCGACGUCGAGCGAGAGCACGACUUCCCCGUCCACUGGUGCGAGCAGCGACGUGACCACCCAGUCGCCGGAACCAAGCGACUCGAGCAGCAAGUCGACGCCCACGGGCACUGGUACGAGCCAGGACGCGGGCUCGCAGCCCACGCCUGCGGAAGCGUCGGGGUCCAGCUCGGCGCCUACGGCGUCGGCUAGCUUGUCCGCGGUACAUCCACAUACCGAGACGGACCCAGGGGAGGAGGUCACUCGCGGGCCGAGCAGCGAUGGGGGGUCGACAAGUGGCACGUCGUCGCGUACGACCACGACCUCUGGUGGGGUAGAGGCCUCGGCGGCCGCCACGAGCGACGCACAGCCGUCGACUUUGGAGACACCGACCAGUGCGUCGCCGAUCGACGGCGCCGAGUCCGUCACUGCGUCCAGCGAGAGCGCGUCUGCAACGACUACGACCUCGGCAGAGCCUACCGCCACCGCCCCAUCCUCGGACAACGUGGCUGGCUCGGCGUCGGCGGGAGAGACGGGCGCCGUCAUCUCGCACGCCACCGCUGCUCCGACGACGCGGUCGGCGGACUCUGAGCAGGCGACUACUCGCAAUGUUGCAGAGCAGUCUGCAGCUCCACCCUCCUCCGCCACUUCCGCUGUAUCCACGCUCACCCGCCAGGCCAGUGGGACGCCUGCGUCGUCUGGCACGACGCACGAGUCGUCGUCUUCCGUCGAGUCGACGAACGAGUCGACGAACCGCGCCACAGUGGCGACCACGGCCCCCACCGCGGACUCGAGCGAGCCGACGGCCCCGCCGGCGGGCCCCACCCCGCCCCCCACCGACGCAGCCUUCCCCACCACCACCACCUCCUCCCAUAGCGCAGCAGGCAUCUGGAUCGCGGCCGCCGCAGCCGGCGGAGGGGGCGGCGGCGGCGCCGUCAUCUUCGUGGCCGCCGCGGUCCUGUGCAAGAUGUACCCUGGCUACUGCCACGCGGGCCAGAUCGUCACGAGCCUCACGGCGUGUGUCGCGCGUACCGUCCCAUGCUACGUCAGCCCGAGCGUGUUCGACGACGUGGUGCGCGGCGAGCCACCCGUCCCGGCGCCAGGCGAGAUCCAGCCCCCCGACUACGUGUCGGCGCCGAGCGGCCCGCCGCCGAGCUAUGUCGUCACGCAGGCGCCGCCUUCGUAUGCGCCUACUCCUGGCUGCGAUCGUAAGCGGCAGGAGUGUGCCGUGUCGUUCCCGACGCCGACGGCGCAAGCCCCGCCAACGGCCCAGCCGGCCUCUGUCGAGCCGACGGCGCCCUCGCCGGCGCCGACGCGCUCGUGCGCCGUCCUGCCCCCGAACGUGGGCGACAAGCACCCCAUCACCAUGUGCGACGACGCGCCGACGCCGACGCCGACGGCGACCGAGCCGGCCCCCAGCCCCGUGCUGUCCGUCACGCGCAACUGCUUCAUGCUGCCGCUCAAGAACGGCCCCGUGUUCCACGCCGUGUCGACGUGCGUCGACCGCACGGUGACGCUGCUGUCGCCUGUGGGUGCAGGGACGAGCGAGACUGCCGCGGCGGGGGGGCCGUUGGCUGCUGCCCCGGCGCCGACGAGCACGAGGGCGAGUGGGAGCGUGGGUCGCAGCGACGGUGGCACGCCGACGGCACCCACGCCGACCCAAGUCGCGCCUGCUGCGUCCACGGCGCCGACUGCCCUCGUGCAAGUGCCCAGCGUGACCCGCGUCGCGACCGCCUCGUCCUCGGGCGCCGCGCCGCGCCCGCUCGCCAAGUGCAGGCGCCGGCGCCACGCCGGCCCAUAG